AUGAUUAUUGAAGACGAAGGUUGGGCGAUUUGUGAGUAUAAUGAGAAUGCAUCUAUCGGGAAUACUGUACUGGUUAAUCCGGGGCAACAAGAUUUAAACUCGUUCUCGCUAACCAAUGAUUUCAUGCACGCAAACCUUCAAGCCGAUUUGACAGAACAUAUAUGGAAAAACGCAAACGGUGGGGACGGUGAGAUUGGAGCAAUCGAUGCUCUAAAGUGGCUGGAUGAAAUGGAAACCGUUGUUGAUAUAAGCGGUUGUGCCGCCAAGGACACUGUUAAAUUCGUGUCCCAAUCCUUCAAGGAGGAUGCUCUGACUUGGUGGAAGGCACUAAUCCAAUCCACUGACAAGGUUGAAAUGUACAGCCUGAGUUGGUCAAAGUUCGUGGAAUUGAUCUGCGAGACUUAUUGCCCACCUCACGAGGUGGAGAAAGUUGAAACUGACUUUCUAAAGCUGACCAUGAAAGGCCUCGAGUGUCGAGCCUAUUUGUCUGAUUACAAUUCUUUAUCCAGACUCGUGCCUUAUUUAAUUACCCCCGAGCCCAAGCGCAUUGCGCGCUCUAUUGGAGGACUCGCUCCAGAAAUCAAAGGGAUGGUUAAAUCCUCCAAACCUGCAGCUUUUAGAUCCGCUAUGGAUCUGGCUCUAUCUCUCACUGAAGAUGAAAUAAGAGCAAGGGCGAUUAAGGCCGAGGAGGAUCACAAGAGAAAGCGUGAUGAUACCCCAAGUAAAGAUUUCAAAAAGGGUAAGACUGGUUCGAAUUAUAACCAGUCCAAGCCGAAUGAGGCAAAACCCAAAUGUAAAACCUGCGGGAAGCAACACUUCGGAAAAUGUUCCCGUGAGCAGAACAAGGGAUGUGGUAUCUGUAAGGAGAUGGACCACAAGUCUCAUGAAUGCAAAAAUUUGAAAGACGCCACAUGCUAUGGAUGUGGCGAGAAAGGGCAUAUAAAGACCCGCUGCCCAAAGAGGGCGACUGACGGGAAAAACAAGGCCACUGAUGGCCAGAAAGGCAAUGAUUGA